AGAUCUCAGAAAGAAUCUUUCUUUCCAUCUCUCUUUCUAUCUAUCCAUCUAUCUAUCUUACUUUUGCCGAUUUUCUUUGAAUUUAUUCUUACAAUGAUCAUAUUUGAACAGAAUACUCGGUACCUUAGACAAGACGAUAUUUUUGUUUCAAACGAUUCAUCCUACAAAAUCAACAUUCUUGAAAACGACUUUAGUGAUAGCGUUAAAUCCUUAACCGCCAAAGGCUAUUGCGAGGAAUUUCAUGAGAAAAACUCGAUUAUUCUUCCAGCAUUGCCUUAUAUAUCAGUAUGAUCAAUUGAUUUUAUUUACU